AUGUCAAAAUCAUUAUUACUUAAACAAUGUGAAGAGCUAAGUCAUCUUUUGAUAUCAAUUAAGAAAAAUAUUGAGAUUCUGCCGAAUGAACUAUCGCCGUCGUCUUUGUUAAAGAAGGAAACCAUCAUUCAUGAUGACGUAGUGAUGUUAAAUGUUGGCGGACGUGAAUUUCAAACAACAAUUAGAACAUUAACAAAAGAAAAACCAAAUACAUUUUUCACAGAAUUAUUCGCACGUGAAUGGGAAUCGGAAAAAGAUGCACGUGGACGUUUAUUUGUUGAUCGGAAUAGUGAUUUAUUUGCUGAAAUUUUAGAUUAUAUGCGUACCGGUGAAUUUAUUCUGCCCGAAGAAGAACGUUUACGUAAACGUUUGAUAACUGAAGUCAAAUUUUAUCGAUUAAAUACUUUAUUCGAUAUUUUAACUGUACCAGAUAAGAAAUUUCAAGGUGGUACAACACUUUUAAAUAUUCAACAACAGCAGAAACUUAAUGAAUUUUAUGGUGUUAAAAAUCAAAAUUGGCAAAUGAUUUAUAAGGCAACGCGAGACGGUUUUAAUGCAAAAGAUUUUCAUCGUUUAUGCGAUAAGGAAGAUGAAACAAUGACCGUUAUUAAAUCGAUUAAAAGCUAUUUAUUUGGUGGUUAUUCGCCCCAAAGUUGGUCACCAUCAGGAACUUAUUCAAUUGCACCAAAUUCAUUUCUAUUCUUAUUAACAAAUUCAUAUGGUAAUCAGCCGACAAAAUUUACUUCUCAUCAACAUUUCAAUAGUAAUGCUGUUUAUAACUAUGCUGAUCAUGGUCCAGCUUUUGGUGAAGGAGCUGAUUUACGUAUUCAAAGUGAAAGUAAUACAAAUACAAAUAGUUAUACAAAUUUUCCAAGCACAUAUAUGGAUACGCUUGGACAUGGACAAAAUACAUUUACCGGUGAACGAAAUUUUCAAACAUCAGAUAUAGAAGUUUUCAAACUCCUAAUAUAA